GCAAUGGGUGUGACUCACAGAGCAAAGAGAGAAGCACAGAAGCCUUUGCACAUGCAGGUCUCAGAGUUCCGCAGAAGCCCAGGCACCUCGAGAGGACCAGCUUGAUCUGAGCAGCACUUCCUUCCCCUGGGCACAGCACGAAGGUGACAGACAGCAGCACAAGUCACCCUUGGCUUCUGCACCCCCAGUCAUCUUCUGUGAGGAAGUGUCCCUGUCACAUACAGGAAAAAGGAAAAUGUUUAUUUGGGUGUUGGCCCUCCUAUUCCUCUGUGCUUUUUUAUGGACAUACAAAGGGCAACUGAAGAUAGCAGACAUCACUGACAAGUACAUUUUCAUCACUGGCUGUGACACGGGCUUUGGAAACUUAGCAGCCAGAACUUUUGAUAAAAAGGGGUUCCAUGUCAUUGCUGCCUGCCUUACUGAGUCUGGAUCAACUGCUUUGAAGGCAAAAACCUCAGCGAGACUUCACACAGUGCUGCUGGAUGUCACGGACCCAGAGAACGUCAAGAAGACUGCCCAGUGGGUGAAGAGCCAUGUAGGAGAGAACGGUCUCUGGGGUCUGAUCAACAAUGCUGGUGUCCUUGGCGUGCUGGCUCCCACCGACUGGCUCACAGUGGAUGACUACAGAGAACCCGUUGAAGUCAACCUGUUUGGACUCAUUGACGUGACACUAAACAUGCUUCCGCUGGUCAAAAAAGCCCGAGGGCGUGUCAUUAAUGUCUCCAGCAUCGGGGGCCGGCUUGCAUUUGGUGGAGGGGGCUACACUCCAUCCAAAUAUGCAGUGGAAGGUUUUAAUGACAGCUUGAGGCGGGACAUGAAAGCUUUUGGAGUGCACGUCUCAUGCAUUGAACCAGGGCUGUUCAAAACAAACCUGUCAGACCCAGUGAAGGCAACCGAAAAAAAACUCGCCAUUUGGAAACAUCUGUCUCCAGACAUCAAACAACAAUAUGGAGAGGGCUACAUUGAAAAGAGUCUACACAAACUGAAAAACAAUGCAUCAUCAGUGAACUUGGACCUCUCUCUAGUGGUAGAGUGUAUGGACCAUGCUCUAACAAGUGUCUUCCCCAAGACUCGAUAUACCGCUGGGAGAGAUGCCAAGACAUUUUGGAUACCUCUGUCUCACAUGCCAGCGGUUUUACAGGACUUUCUAUUGUUGAAACAGAAGGUAGAGCUGGCAAAUCCCAAAGCCGUGUGACUCAACUGACCACAAAUACCUGCCCCAGUCUUUGAGGCUGGCUGAUUUCAGAGACUUUAUCAUCUCAAGUCCAUUCUUCACCAGCCCCAACUUGGACUCAGUUAGACCAUGUUUCUGUUUAUAAAAGAGGGAAUUCCAGGGUCC